CAAAGGAAAAAACGUGAUCUUGAAACCGAAGAAGAUGACGAAGAAUUUGAUGCAAAUCUAACGAUUGUUGGUGGAAAAAGCACCGAAUGGAUUGUAAAUGGAAUUAAAAUCAGGGAACGCCUCAAGGAAUACCAGUUGAAGAAGAAUCUGCCAAAGACGAGGCCAGAAUAUUAUGACAUUAUAUUCUUCAAUUCUAAUUCUAAUAAAGAUGGGUUUUUAGAGUCAUUGGAUGAAACGAGCGCAAAAGAUAAAAAUUCACUAAAAGAAGAUUCUGAACGCAGGUCCACCGGAAAGAAAAUUGACACUAUUAUUGAAUUGCGAGAGGAGAAUCAAGAAUUUUCUGUCAUUGAAAUUA